AUGAUCUUCCCUCAACAGGAAUAUAUAACUUUCGCAGUAAUCCCACAACAAAUAUUUGUGGUAGAAUACGCAAUUCAGGACGCUGAGUUACCAGACUUAAACUCUCAGGUCCUAUCCUUGAGAGAUUACUGUAGCUGCUCUUAUGGCUAUGAACAAGUCUCACAUCAGCAGUGGAGACCCACUGCUGCUCCAACUUGUGGUGAGACCCAGGAGAUUGAGAGUAUUUCCAACCUAGAUCUCAGGAGUAAAAACCAUUCAGGAUCAGAAAUUAGCAAGCCUUCAAGAAUAGUUAUGAGCGGGAUCUUUAAUAAAAAUACUGUAAGAAGUAACUUGGCCAAAGAAGGAAAGCUGGUUGGUUUUUACACUCAAAAAGAAAGAAGACUUAAGAUCGCACGUUUGAGGCAAAAGCAAAAAAGAAGAAGGCAACUUUGUCCUAUCUCUAAGAGAUAUUCAGGCAGGAGACGCUCUGCCUUCCAGAAGCCUAGGAAGGGAGGAAGGUUUGUCAAGAGUGAGCUUGCUCAUCUUUAUGCGUUAACCGAGGCUGAAAGACUUAAGAGGACAGAAAUAAUAGACAGCAACCUCGCACAAGGUAAUUAUGAGGAAGCUGUAUCCUUUUUAAUAGAAUAUUAACGUCCAUUAUAAGUAAUCUUCUG